AUGCUUGAUCCACAAACGUUAGAUGAAAUUGAUGUACUAACACGUACUGUCUACGGCGAAGCACGAGGAGAAUCUAUAGAUGGUCAAGUAGCUGUUGCUUGGGUAAUUCGAAAUCGAGCUGCUAAAGGUCGGACAUAUAUGGGUAAAACUAUUAAAGAUGUAUGUCUUAAACCUUAUCAGUUUUCAUGUUGGAAUUCCAAUGAUAAAAAUCGAAGCGUACUUCUGAAUUUGUACACGGAUAGUGAAGAAUAUCAAAGUAUUCGCCGAGUUGUAGAACAAGUAUUAAAUGGAACACGAACUGAUAAUACACAAGGUUCAACACAUUAUCAUGCUCGGCGUAUCCAACCUAAUUGGACAAUUGGCAAAAGUCCAGUGGUUACUAUUGGCAAUCAUUUAUUUUACAAUAAUGUUGAUUAA